GAGUGUCGUGUAGGCCGCUGUAAGUCACUUCCUUCCUCUCACAUUUGAAUAGAGUCGCUGCAGCUCCUCUGAACGCGUCCAGACUCCGAAGCAGCCUGAAGCCCAGCGUCCGUCUGCAGGUGAUUUAUCGAGACAGGAGAAGAUGGAGGGCACAUCACACAUCCCAGCGGAGGAGAUGGAGGAAAUGAGAGAGGCCUUCAGUAAAGUGGAUGUGGACGGUAACGGUCACAUCAGCACCGAUGAGCUGAACGAACUCUUCAAGGUGGCGAACCUGCCUCUGCCGGGAUACCGCGUGCGUGAGAUCGUCCAGGAGCUCAGCAGGACCAUGGACCUCAACAAGGACGGGAAGAUCACCUUCGACGAGUUUGCCAAGGUGGUCCAUGACCUGAAGAGCUCAGAAGUGGCCAAGACCUUCCGUAAGGCCAUCAAUAAGAAGGAGGGCAUCUGUUCAGUGGCCGGAACCUCGGAACAGUCGGGAACGCAGCACUCGUACUCCGAGGAGGAGAAGGUGGCGUUCGUGAACUGGGUCAAUAAAGCGCUGGAGAAGGAUCCGGACUGCCAGCAUGUUGUUCCCAUGGAUCCCAGCUCCAACGAUCUGUUCACCGCGGUGGGCGACGGCAUCGUGCUCUGUAAAAUGAUCAACCUGUCUGUGCCGGACACUAUCGACGAGAGAACCAUCAACAAGAAGAAGCUGACGCCCUUCACCAUCCAGGAGAAUCUGAACCUGGCGCUGAACUCUGCCUCCGCCAUCGGCUGCCACGUGGUGAACAUCGGAGCAGAGGACCUGAAAGAGGGCAGGCAGCAUUUAGUGCUGGGAAAGGCAUGUGCAGCUCUGAUCUCUCUGCUCAGGGAUGGAGAGAGUCUGGAGGAUCUGGUCAAGCUGUCUCCUGAGGAGCUGCUGCUGCGCUGGGCUAACUAUCACCUGGAGGAGGCCGGCUGCUCCAAGAUCAACAACUUCAGCUCCGACAUCAAGGACUCCAAGGCCUAUUACAACAUCCUGAACCAGGUGGCACCCAAAGGAGACGAGGAGGGCGUCCCGGCCAUCCCGAUCGACAUGUCUGGGAUUCGGGAGAAAGACGAGCUGAAGAGAGCCGAGACCAUGCUGGAGCAGGCAGAGCGCCUCGGAUGCCGUCAGUUCGUCACGGCCACAGACGUGGUGCGAGGAAACCCCAAACUCAACCUGGCCUACGUGGCCAACCUCUUCAACAAGUACCCAGCUCUGAAGAAGCCAGAGAACCAGGACAUCGACUGGAGCGCCAUCGAGGGAGAGACCAGAGAGGAGCGAACCUUCAGGAACUGGAUGAACUCACUGGGCGUCAAUCCACGCGUCAAUCAUCUCUACGUGGAUCUGGCCGAUGCUCUGGUGAUCUUCCAGCUCUAUGAAAAGAUCAAGGUUCCUGUGGACUGGGACAAAGUCAACAAACCACCGUAUACCAAACUGGGCAGCAACAUGAAAAAGCUGGAGAACUGUAACUACGCAGUGGAACUGGGGAAGAAGAAGGCCAAGUUCUCUCUGGUGGGAAUCGCUGGUCAGGAUCUAAACGAAGGCAAUCGGACACUGACGCUCGCUCUGCUCUGGCAGCUCAUGAGGAGAUACACAUUCAACAUCCUGGAGGAUCUGGGAGACGGGCAGAAGGUCAACGACGACACCAUCGUGACCUGGGUUAACGACGCACUCACACAGGCUGGCAAAGGCACCAUCAGCGGCUUUAAAGACGGAUCCAUAAGCAGCAGCAUGCCUGUCCUGGACCUGAUUGACGCCAUCCAGCCCGGCUCCAUCCGCUACGACCUUCUCAAGGCAGAAGACCUGACAGACGAAGAGAAACUCAAUAACGCAAAGUACGCGAUCUCUAUGGCGAGGAAGAUCGGAGCGCGAGUGUAUGCGCUGCCGGAGGAUCUGGUGGAGGUCAAGCCCAAGAUGGUGAUGACGGUGUUCGCCUGCCUCAUGGCUCGAGGAAUGAGACGAAUCUAGAAGCGCAGGAUUUUACGCCUGCUUUUAUUUUUCUUUCAUGUUUUAAAGUUGUUGCUCAGUUAUUGGGUUCCCACCAUCAUACAGAUAUCAUGAACAUGAUAGGAAGUUCUAUAGAGAAUAUAAAUAAACUGUUCUUGACACUCGAAUAAUAAAUGAAUAAUAAAUAAAUCAAUUAAUUCAAAAUAUAUAUAAAUGGCAUGAAAAUUCACUGAAACCCUGAAUGAUGCGCUUGUCUUCAUUAACCUCAGGCUUAACCGGGGUUAAAGCAAAGGUCAAAGGUCAUGUCUGUUUAUGUCUUUGAGCACUGUGCGCGUAUUUGGAAUACAAAGUCAGCCCAGUUUUUCUUUUGUAGUUCAGAUAUUUCAGCCUACAAAUGUUAAUAAACACACGGUCAGUCUCUGAAUCCGAUGUACAUGUUCGAAUGGAAGUGAAUCUGCAAAUAAAAAACAUUUUUUAACAAG